AUGUCGUUUGCCAUGGUGCGCCCAGCUCCUAGUCGCUACCUGUAUUCCGAGAUUUCCAUGAUGUCCGAGGACGACGAGAACGGGAGCGAGAGCUCCGGCUCAGACGACCGCUCUUUUCGCCUGGACGCGUCCGGGUACGAGCUCAAGAUCGGGGGGCGGAAGCGAAAACCCGGGGCGGGCGGCGGUAGCGGCGGCGGCGGAGGGGGCAGGCUCGGAGAUGCUCCGCCGACGCCCGCGGGGAGCAUGCCGGGUCAGCACGUGCCCGAGGGACGACAGAGGAACGCGGCGAACGCCCGGGAGCGAGACCGCACCAACAGCGUCAACACGGCGUUCACCGCCCUGCGGACGCUGAUCCCCACCGAGCCCGCCGACAGGAAGCUGUCGAAGAUCGAGACCUUGAGGCUGGCGUCCAGCUACAUCUCUCACCUGGGCAACGUGCUUCUGGUCGGCGAGGCGUGCGGAGACGGGCAACCGUGCCACAGCGGAGCGCCGUCGGCGUCGUACUACCACCAUCACGGUUCGCCGGGCCGAGACUCGGAGAACUCCCAGCCCAAACAGAUCUGCACUUUCUGCCUCAGCAACCAGAGGAAAAUGAGCAAAGAUCGGGACAGAAAAACAGCUCUAAGAAGUUAA